AUGGCCUCUCCUAGCACCCAGAAGCAACUUUUUAAGCGCUCCAGCGAUGAAGAAAGGGAGGAGUUUCCGCUUAAGUGCCAGAGCCCAGUCCCUAACCAAGCCAUCUACCCCAAUGAGAUGUACCUUUGUCGACGAGAUGAGUAUCACGAAAUGAUAAAUCAUCAUAAAGCUGUAUUUUACAGCCGCACCAGAUACAGGGCGGCAGAGGUGACGGUCGGCGAUGCUUUUGAGUCGGUAUUUGUUCGAGCGAUUAUCGCCAGCUUGGAUGAAUACUGUGUCCAGGAAGACUGGGAUAGCAUUCUUCUCAACCUCCCUCCUGAUGCUCGUGCUAAUUUCGGAUUGAUCUUGGUUGAGACAAUGCUAAAUCAGUUCAUCUGUACCAAGUUCAUAGACUCUCCCUUUUGGUUCAUGGACGGAAAGAUCACUGCCACCGAUUCAGAGACCCAGUCUGACUUCCACAAGAGGUUCCAGUACGUGUACGAGAAGCUCAUCCAGGUUUCCCGCGAGGAUGCAGCAUGGUGGAAAUCCAUCAUUGUCGGAAAGCUCAACGACGAACCCUGCGUGAUGAACAACAUCCCGCCCACCCCCGUCGGCCGCACCACGGUCAAACAUCGCACGGCGCUCGUGAAGACCUAUACCGAUGAGUUGAUGUGUUCGCGGCUCUUUCAGCUCUUGCUUCGGGAUCCAGUGACCAAGUACAAACGGUACCAGCGCAAGAAGGACCUGCGCUUACUCCUUGAAUGUGCCGCUCAGACCGUCAUCCACGCCGAUGGUGGUCUCUACGGCAAUACGAACAUCGUGCGACUGCCAGAUCUGCCGAAAUUCAAUCACUGGUCGGGCCAGAUGAUCGUCCAUCCCUUCCACGCAGGAUUUGAACCCGUCGAAGGAAGUCGGGUUUUGAUUGUGACGCGGCCGAGCUACAGCUACAUCGACGUCCUCUCCCUCAACCACUUCGCUACGGUUCCCCCGUGGAGGGCGAACCGUGCCGAAGUACUGGUGGCUGCCAAGGGGAGAAAAGCACGGGCACUAUGGGCAGCAGCAGCAGCCGCCGGUGAUGACCGUGAAGACACCGAUGGAAGAGACAAAGAGGAAGGAGACAGCCAGGAAGAUGAUGACACGGAGGAGAAUGCUGAGCCCGUCAGGGAUCUCCCACCGCUACGCGAGACGUUUUGGCGGCAGUAA